AUGUCCCCUUUCAAGGCCAAUGGCAAGCAUAUCUUGACAGCAUCAUCUCCCGGCUGGGAGGCGGGCCGGAUAGAUGAGGCGUCAUGUGGCAGCCAAGAGCCUAGCGACAAAGUCUGGAAAAAAGGCCAAAGGCUUCUCAUGACUACCACUGCUCUGGUGCCUGCAUUGUGGCCAGGCAACGAGGAGCGCUAUCAUCGGCCGCCACCAUCGCUCCUUCCAGAUCGAUCGCUAGCGGUGACACUGCGACUUGGAACUAUAGCAGCGGCGGCAUUAAAACUAGUCUGUUAUCCUGAGGAGGACAAUAUAUUGAAAUCCUCUGGCCAAAAAAAGGUUCCUUUGGCAAACCUCGUCUGGCCUUGGUCUGGAACUUUGAACCAGAAACGACCCCGGGAACCGCUUUUCCUCCCCUGCAUGUCAACACCGGCUCAGUGGUCCUCCAUAGCCGGCUGCCUCACAGACUCUGCCAUGGAGGUUCUACCCGCCAUCGUCGCCUGGGCCGCGAGCAGUGCGUGCCGCUCCUCCCUGGUCGCCGGAAGCGCCUUUGGCCACCGCUUCUGCGCGCGCGCUGCCGCCGUCCAAGAAGUGGCCGACUUGGCGCAGCGGCUCUCGUCGGCCGCCCAGGUCCUCGUGCCCGGCGACAAGGGCUUCGACGACGCCUCCCGCCGCUGGAACGUCUUUGACGAGCCUCGACCGGCCAUCGUCGUCAUCCCCGGCACGGCGUCGGACGUUGCGGAGACGGUCAAAUACGCAAACGAGCAUGAUACGCCCUUUCUAGCCGUCGGUGGUCGGCACGGCGCUGCCAGCACGCUCGGCAAGCUCCAGGGCGGCAUCGAAAUCGCCUUGAACAGCCUCAGCAGUGUCGAGCUGUCCAAGGACGGCCAAACGGCCAGGAUUGGUGGCGGAACUCUCUCUGGGACAGUCGUUGACGCGCUCUGGAAAGCCGGCAAGCAAACAGUCACCGGCACCUGCGAGUGCACUAGUCUUGUCGGGCCUGGCCUCGGCGGCGGACACGGCUGGCUGCAGGGCCGCCACGGACUCAUUGCCGACCAAUUUUUGUCCAUGGACGUGGUGCUGGCCGACGGCAGCGCGCGAACCGUGGACGCGCAGUCGGACCCGGACCUGUGGUGGGCGCUACGCGGUGCCGGCCACAACUUUGCCAUUGUCACGUCGGUGACGCUCAAAGUCUACGACAUUCAGCACCGCGACUGGGCGCGCGAGGCCAUGAUCUUUACCGGCGACAAGGUCGAGCAGGUGUUCCAGACCAUGGCAGACACCAUCUUCAAGGGCGGCAAGCAAGACGCCGACGUCGUCGUGUGGACGUACAUGCUGCGCAUUCCAGAAGUGGACGCCAAAAACCCCAUUGUUGUCGUGUAUCUUCUGCAGGAGGGCGUCCGGACCGUUGACAAGGCGCACUCGGCGGCGCUCAAGGAGCUCGGCCCCGUCAGCGGCGACAACACGCCCGGAACGUACCUCGAUCUCGCCGCGUGGACGUUAAUAUCAAUGACCGACACGCCCUGCCAAAAGACCAACGCCAGCAACCUGCGGUUCCCGCUCUACCUCGACACCUACGACGCCGGCGCCGUGCGACGCGCCUACGACUUGUUCGCCGCCAGCCUGCGCGGCACACCCGAGUUUGGCAGCUCCAUCUUUCUCUUUGAAAACUACCCCGUGCAGGGCCUGCGCCAGCCCGCCGCCGACGACAGCGCGUUUGCCUUUCGCGGCGACAACAUCCUCGUGGCGCCGCUCAUUAGCUUCCCGUCGGGCGACCGGCAGCGCGGCGGCGAGGCGGUCCUGCUCGGCGAGGCGCUCCGCAACACGCUUCACCAAGCGUCGGGCCGCAAGACGAUGCACACAUAUGUCAACUACGCGUUUCGAGAUGGCAGGGAGGAAAUGUACGGCGCCGAGGCGUGGCGCCAGCAGAAACUGGCUAAGCUCAAGGCAACGUACGACCCGCACGGGCGAUUCAACUUUUACAACCCGGUUGUGUAA